AUAAAUUAUCCACUAAUCAAUUAUUAAUGAGAGAGUUAAACAAAAAACGAAAAAUUUCUCCUUUAAAAAAACUUUUUCCAGAACUAGUAAACUAUCUUCCUAUUUGGCUAACCACCCCCGAAGUCAUUGCUUCAAUAACUAAUCGGCGAGAAGUAACUUUUGACUUUCUUAUCUUCGACGAGGCUUCCCAAGUUCUCUUGGAAAAAAAACAAGAGGAGGAAGAAAAACUAUUAAAUGAAGCAGAAAAGGAUAUUAAUUUAGAAAUUGAUGAUUUAGAAAAAAACAGUAAUUUGUUAACUUAUGCCAAAAAAUAUGCUCGGAAUAGGGGGAAACUAACUUUACUUUACCAUUAUCGUUCUAAAUACCCUGAGUUAAUUGAUUUUUCUAAUCAAGCCUUUUAUAAUGGCAUUUUGCAAAUAGUUUCCGCCAGCGAAUUAAGAAAAAAGGAAGACACUUUACCGAUUGAAUAUCAUCAUCAAGAUAAAGGGUGCUGGAUAAAUAACGAAAAUGAAGUGGAGGCUCGAUAUAUCGCUAAUUUGUUAAGGACUCUUCCAAAAGACAAAGAAGUUGGAAUUAUUACUUUUAAUGUUAAACAAAAAGAUCUAUUAAUUGAUCUAAUCGGCGAGGAAAAUAACAUGAGUAGCCAAAAAGACAGCAAAUGA